AUGAAUGCCAUUGUGAAAGACAAACAGAAUCAUGUCUACAAUCUGUAUUACUCUAGUAGCAAAGUCAUCGUCAUGCCACCAUUUCGACAAGUUGGAGAGAAGCAACUUCCCAAUGAAAUACUUUACAUGGUGUGGUCCCCUAAACGGGAUCUCAUUGCACUUGCAAACAAAACUGGAGAGGUUUUGCUUCAUCGCCUUGCCCACUUUCAACGAGUGUGGAGUUUGGCACCUAAUGAAAACACAGGAAAAGAAGUAACAUCGCUAGCGUGGAGGCCAGAUGGAAAGGUCUUAGCCUUUAGUCUUGCAGACACAAGACGAAUUGUUUUAUGUGAUGUGGAAAAAGCAGAGAUCCUACAUUUUUUCUCCUUGGAAAACGUAGUUACCUGUAUGCAUUGGACUGAGGUGAUGGAUCCAAAGAGUGCUCCUACCCCAGUCAGUUUACUAGAUGAAGAGGGAAGCCUUUUCUUGCCCAAGUUGCCUGCAUUACCAAAAAGUUAUAGUACCUCUGCAAAGAUUUUCAGUGAAGAAAAAGCAGAUGAAGUCACAAAGCUAUUAGGUGACAAAAGGCUAAAUACCCUUGUUCUUGGAGGGGAUUCUGGAUUCAUCGAAUUAUAUGCAUAUGGAAUGUACAAAAUUGCAACAGUAACACAGGUAUAUUGGCUUAGAGUUUGCUGUGAAAACUGUAGCCUUACAUGUCUUUAA